AUGCCUGCGGUCGCCGGGAAACGAUAUGUCACUUCCACAGCCGUCUUCCUCACCGAGGCCAUUAAACUUGCCCUCUCGUUGACGGUGGCCCUAUACGAAAUAUCCAAAAGAGCACCGGCAUCCAUGCCCGCGACGUCACUAUUCUCUACAUUAUCCGAUACCAUUUUCUCGGGCGAUAGCUGGAAGCUGGCUCUUCCAGCGCUGCUCUACACCGUAGCCAACUCUCUUCAGUACGUGGCUCUUUCCAAUCUCGUACCGGCCACUUUCCAAAUCACAUAUCAGGCAAAGCUGCUCUUUACGGCUAUUUUCGGCCUGUUGAUGUUACAGAAGUACACCCCGGCGCGCAACUGGGGAUUGUUGCUCUUCCUCGCCAUCGGCAUUGUGCUUCUAAAUGCCCCCGGCCAUGGGUCGGGGCGCCUCGUGGCUAGAGAUGGGUAUGUGCAUUUUCCGAGAUCCAUGGAAGAAUGGAAGCAGGCAAAGGGUUACUCUCCAAUGAACAUUGUAAAGCGCUCUGCUAGCUACGAGGGCAUCGAAGAGGAUAUAUUGCUUGAGCACCCCCCUCUUGACGACCACUUAGGGUUGAUUGCAACCCUCUUUGCUUGCGUCGCCUCUGCCCUUGCUGCGACGAGUUUUGAGAAAGUAAUCAUAGACAGUGUUGCGAAGACAUCGAUAUGGAUUCGUAAUGUGCAGCUGGCUCUCUAUUCCGUGGUCCCUGCCUUCUUCGUCGGUGUCAUAUUCCUUGACGGAGAGACUAUUGCCAACCAGGGAUUCUUUGCCGGCUAUAGCUGGAUAGUCUGGUUGAUCAUAUUCAUUCAGGCGAUUGGCGGCAUUGGUGCUGGCUUGACAAUCGCAUAUGCAGACAGGACUGCGAAGACAACUGCAACGGGCCUCAGUCUCGUUGCAAGCAUCUUGUCUAGUCUGUCUCUAUUUGGUUUAAAAUUGUCGGCAAAUUUCUGUAUUGGCGCUGCCAUAGUCCUGGUUGCGACUUUCUUAUAUGGCAGUUCUACGCCAAAUACAUCACCAAUGACUAGAGUCAGGCCACCCCCAAUUCGUAUUGAGAGCUACGACACAGCUGAAGAAAAGAAUAAACCGGCUCUCUCCCCUCUCAAUGACUUUUCCAUCAAACUUCCCACCACUCCCCUGCUCUCUGCCGCCGGCCUUUCAACGUCGCGUCCUGCGUCGCCGAGCCAUUCAAGGGUAAAAACAAACCAGAAUAACCCUGGUUAUUUCCUCCACCCAGGCGAAUAA